AUGCUGCGGGUGUGGAGUGCUUCAGGAGAGGAAGUGGCGGCUUUCCCCACGCUGGAACUGACAGAUGUGAGCUCGCUGAAGCAUGUCUUGCACCAGAAGGGGUUGCCAUGGACAAUGCAGAAGAUCCUUCAUGACGGGCGUGAGCUCGCAGAUGCGGCGAAGCUGGAAUCGCCGAUGGACGUUCAGCUCGUCUUGAUGAGCCCAGCCGAUCCUGACACGGUUGAUGCAAGAUAUUGCGAGACGCCGCUGACAACCGCAGCUCGCCGAGGAAGGCUGGACAUAGUCCGCCGGUUGUUGGAAGCCUGGUCUUUCAAGACAGUGUCGGACAAGUUCACCGGCAUCAUGUCAUCUUUGCUUCGAGCUUCAUCCGAUGGUUCUGCUGAUGGCAUCCGUGUGUUCUUUGAGACAGGGAUAAAGCAUGGUUGGACAGACGCUUGCAGCUUCAGGGCGUUUCUGAACCAAGCAUCUGAUAUGGGCCAUGUUGCAGUGGUGCGACUGCUGCUAGAUGCCGGUGAGGGCUGGGUUGCACGACCAUUGCCUUCCAAGCUGUUUACCACCUCGCUUUCACAUGCCUCUUGCAAGGGCAAUCUUGAGAUUUUGGGGCUUCUUCUGGGAGCACGGGCAGACCCACUCAGGCUCGAAACUGGCUGCACGGCUAUUUCAUGCGCGGCUUCCACUGGCAAUCUCGAGGUGCUGCGCACCUUGCUUGAAUUCCAGCAUGGCAAGAACGACGAACGUCUCAGUGAUCGCCUUGGCUGUGCAUUACUCGAGGCUGCUGGUACUGGGCACGAAGAUGCUGUUCACUGUCUCUUGCAGAGCGGCGCAGACAAGGAUUUUGGAAGCAUUCGCUACGAGAUGGCGACUGCUCUGUUUUGUGCUGCCGACAAAGGCUAUGUGAAAGUUGUGCAGGUGCUGUUAGAUGCAAAGGCACAAACAGACCUGAAGACAAAAUUUGGCAUGACAGCUCUCGUUGUUGUUUGUUCCGCGAAGCGGAACAUGCAGAUCGCACGGCUACUUUUGGAAGCAGAGGCUGAUGUGGACCAAACUGAUGCGGACGGCAACAGCUCUCUGAUCUUGGCAUCUAUGCUGGGCCACUUGAAGAUCGUGCGACUGCUGCUGCAGGCUCGUGCGAAUAUAGACUUGGCAAACAAAGCCGGGAUGACUGCUCUCACUUCGGCGGCCCUUUGGGGCCAUGACGAGAUCGAACAUUGUUUGUUGGGCACCAGACCUGGCAAGCGACAUUGUGGCUUUGAAGUGCAUAGGUGA